UUUGGCAAUUCCGUGUUGCUGCAAUUAGAAAAUUCCGUAGUAUUUCUUCCUACUCGCGUGACAGAAGCUUUCCGUCCGAGACUAGAACACUUUGCGUCGGGGCAGUACAAACUGGUCUACGAGGGAUCCAAAGAUAUUGGAAAGCCCAACUCUUUAAAGAAAUUCAAAAUAAUUCAAAAUUAAUCAACAUAUUAUACAGGAUUAUGGUCAAACAACUUACAUUAGAAAGCCUUUGUAUUAUAACAAUUUGCGAAAAUAUUAGGUGUAGUGCUGAUUUUUUGCUUGAGUCACCUUUGCCUUGGAAACUAACGAUACUAAUAUUUAAAUAUUAUUCGAAAUAUAGAUGGAAGUACCUUAAACAAUUAGCGCUCCAGUCUGAUGGCAAUUCUUUAUUAAAUUUAGAAUUCAUUCUGUUGAAUAAGAGAUUUGGAUCGUCUUACAGAAAUAGCAUUUUGGCAACUCCAACCAUUGAUUUUGACGGAGAAUCCGCUUACUGUUUAUGGGUCAGUUAUUACAGGAUAAAAUAUUCGGAAAUUUUAGUUUGUAAAUCUUGUCACUUUAUAUUUCAACUAGUUAAAAAAUUUAAAAAGAAAAAUUUUAGACUUUUAUUGGAUCACUAUCAUUUACAGCUGGAUAUAAAUAAUUUGAAUGAUGUAUAUCACGAUAAACAAUUUUGGUGUCAAAGCUGCUUUGAAGAAGUUUUGUUCACUGUAGAAACUGAAGAUGAAUGUAAUUUAAUGCUUCACGAUGAGAGGAAAUAUGGAAAAAAGUUACGCUUUUCUGAUAGUCCAUUGAACUAUUAAUACUGUGGUUUUAUUAUAACAUAUGUAACUGUAGAUAAGACUUUUAUGUAUUGAUUGUAUUCCAUUGUAUUGCA